CCUUACCGAGGGCCCGGCAGUCGGGUGCGACACGGCUCCCUCCGCUAGCGCGGGGCCGCGGGACGAGCCUGAAGGGUACUCCUCCACUGCGGCCACGGUCGGCGGUCCCCGCAGGCUGGUCUCCAGGGUAGGUCUUAAAAAGGUCUACAGAGGAGACCCAAGAAAUGGCAGCGUGAGAACGAGAUCUGAAAACUUCAGUAGAUUCCCUGAGGAGGGAAGUGACAUUGUUGCAAGAGGUGGCACAAGAACAUGAGCUGCAGAGUUCUGUGGAUUCCCUGAGGACGGAGAUGGUAUUCAUGCGGGAGGAAGAGGCAUGAGAACACGAGCUGUAAACCUCUGUGGAUUCCCUGAGGGAGGAGAUGGCCUGGAUGUGGGAGGAGGCAGCACAAGAGUGCCAGCAGCAAGGAGCCAUUGGAGACAAGAUGGCAGUGCUGCCAGGUGCUCUGAAGGAGGAAGAGGCCAUCAAGGAAAAGGACAAGCUCCUGAGGGAAGCACAGGCAGAGGUGGCACAAGAACAUCAGCUGCAAAGCAUUGAGCUGAAGGUAAGAGACCUUCUGAAGACAGAGGUAGCAUUGCUGAGAAGCACAGUAGAAAAGGUAAAGGUCAUAGCAGAGGAGGCACUCUGGGGAGGGGAGAGAAAGUUGCUGUCAGUCCCAGAAAUGGAGGAGCUGGAGCAGGAUGAAGGGGUGGUGCCGGAGGCACUGGCACCUCGUGUAUUGAAAGCACACCCAGUGGUGGUAAAGAAAAUAAAGUCCCAGGAGCUGAAAGUUCCCCAAGGAGAGGAGCAGCCCCCUCCCCAGGUAGUGGAGCACUCUAUGGUCCACCCCUGUACUCAGGCUGAGCUGAUGGAUUUGGGCUCCCGGUUUAAGCAGAAGCCCUCAGAGUCAAUAUCAGCUUGGCUCCUGCGUCUGUGGGAUUUAGGGGUGGAUGGAAUUGUUCUGUCGGGAUCAGAGAUGGGAAAGCUGUCUUCCCUGACAGUUCAGCCUGCCUUGAGGCAGCGGUUACAAAAUGCACAUCAGACCCCAGGGAGUCACUCCCUCCUCUAUUGGCUAAGGCUGCACUUUGUGCUGUGUGGCCCAAUCAGGGUGAUCUACCAUCCUCUCCUGUUAGAUGGCAGACAUAUACUGAGCUCCAACAGGUGCUAUGAGAGCUAGGCAUAAGAAAU